GUGUUUGUGUGUGCGCACGUGCGUGUGUCAUGAUAGCCAACACGCAUCAAGUUACUGUAUGUAAACAACCCUUCAUCACAGUGAGAUACUGAAAGGGCCCCCCCCCCCCCCGGGCAAGCAAAAACUCCCUUUAAUGAUCAAGGAAGACUUGAGGAGUGCAGACAGAGAGAUCCCUUCCUACAGGGAAGGGGUGAGGGGUGCAACAUAGGAAAUAACUACAUGCACAUCCAUGUGUCUAUAAAAUAAGAGCUCUUUAAACUCAACUGGGGUUCCAGGAUGGACCGAUCCACUGUCUCUCCAGGGGAUUCCUCCGGCUCCGUAUUCCUGCAGACAGACACACUUCCUCUGGCCUGACGCGCCACACACACACACACACACACACACACACACACACACACACACACACACACACACACACACUGAGGAAUGCAGGGAGCGGGAAACAGCAGCACACAGCCUUGUAAAGGAACGGAGGUGAGGAGAUACUGUUGAGGGCGGGGCCAGACUGCUCAGAGGGGCGGAGACAUUGGAGGUGUUUAAAUAGAGCUGGGGUCGAGGCAGGGAGGCAAAAGCCGAACGCACCUGCUGCCUCUGUAUAACAAGAACUGCCUGACCACACCACAACUGGGACUCGCUCUCUCGCUCUCUCGCUGGGAUCCACUGGUGUCUGUCGCUAAUACAAACCCUGAGGAUUAAAACCUAAAUAAGGCCAUUCGGGACAACUUGUGCAAAGUGCACUUUAGUAAAAGAGCGGAUAACGAAGAUGACCCGAGUGAUGACUUCGUCUGUCUGCAGGGAUGUGCUGGCCCUGGUGCUGUUCUUCGUCCUCAUGCAAGACGGUCUCGGACUCCCCUUAUCAGAGCCUUCGCAGUCACCGACCCAGAGCGCGCCCCCGCCGCCCCCCCGCGUCAGGACAAAGCGCUGCUCGUGCAACAGUUGGCUGGACAAAGAGUGCAUCUACUUCUGCCACCUGGACAUUAUCUGGAUCAACACCCCGAGUAAAAUGGUGCCGUACGGCCUUGGCAGUCACCUGUCCCGCCGCCGCCGCCGCUCGGCCUCACGCUGUGAGUGUGCCCAAGGACGGGCCGACACGACCUGCUCCAGCUUCUGCCACCACAGCUCAGAGAAGCCUCAGGCUGUCAAGGCACCAACGAAAACCAACAAGAACAGCAGCAAAGGCUCACUGCUGUCUUCGUUAAGAUCUGUAGUCCACCACAACGCUGCCAUUGCCCAGAAGUCAAGGCCUGUGGGCAGAGGCCCGUCGAAGGCCAAACACUGGGGAGCAUGAUGGACAGCUAGAGAAGCACCCUCGGGAAGGAAAAGACAGAGCAAGCGCACUUUAUAUCACUGAUACUUAAAAGCCUUUUGUUUUAAAACUGAAACACUUAUGGACCUAAAGAAUACUCCAGUCACCGGACCAACCUUGGCACCACACUGAUGCAGCCUUUUGAGCCUGCAGCCGUCUAGAAUCAUGUGUGUUGCCAUCUUGGAAGUUACUUUAGUGCAGAGCGAAGAAGAGACUGAAGGAGACGGGAAGAGAGGCCAAAGGUCCAUCGAGUAUCUCAUCCAAAGGACUUGAGACCACUCCUCACUCCACGUUGGAGAUCUGGUUGGAGGCAUCCGUUACCACGGAGACCUAGAGCGUGCCAUAUGCUGCUGUGGUGGGGUGGACUUUUAUGGAGUUAUUGCUGUCAUAACCAGCAUUGUUUGCUGGGUCACCUUUUGUUAUUUUUCUUUUUAUUCCUCUGUAUCAGAGCGGAUCCCAUAGUCCUGCUCUCAAGCAGUAGUUAAAUAAUAACUGCAAUAAUAACUAACGAGCAUAAAGACUGACUCAUCAUCAGGAAAUAACAUUUAGGAUUCACACACACACACACACACACACACACACACACACACACACACACACACACACACACACACACACACACACACACACACACACACACACACACACACACACACAUCUUAAAAACAC